GAGACUGCCAAGGACAAAGCUGGCCCAUCCGGUGACAAGAAGCGAGGCGCCGCAAAAGAAACCAAAGAGGCCGAUGAUGCAGAACAGACCGGCGAAUGCUCAGUAGAUGCGCCGAUAGACACUGCAAUGGCUCUAGGUGAUCAACGUAUGUUACGACAAUUGACGGAACAGGAUUACCUAGUUGGUCAUGUGACAUCGGUAAUGGAGCCGGGCAAGGACGGGAUAGUGAAGGAGAAAGCAUUUAUCGCGGGCGGAACGAGCCAGACGGAUGGUCUGCAGCAGAUUCAGCUGUGCGAGAACGACGAGAAGAGACUCCGAAUCGAAGCGAUCAAGAAUGAGAUCAGAUCGGAGACGGUGAGGCUUUGCACUUUGUACUGGUGUAUGGAAGUGAGGAAUAUGCCAUCAAUGCAGAAG